CUCUGCAGUACUCGGGUCUGGCUGGCUCAGCUUGGAGGUUCCUGUGGCAUCCGUCGGAGGGGCCCUGGGUCACUCUGUUUCCUCCCAGGGGUGACUUGGCAGCGAUAAGGUCUCUGUUUCCUCACUUCUGCAAUUGCCAGGCUACAACAUAGAGGCUAGCGCUGGGGCUCAGACCCGGAGGGACACAUUACAGGCACAUACAGCACCCUAGGAUCAGGUGACCCUUCCAGCCCAGAGCAAUGGAGCAAAAUGAAUCCUCUCGGGUAGAUUCUGAGUUUCGAUACACCCUCUUUCCAACUGUUUACAGUAUCAUCUUUAUACUGGGGGUGGUUGCCAACAGCUAUGUGCUAUGGGUCUUUGCCCGCCUGUACCCUUCCAAGAAACUGAAUGAGAUAAAGAUCUUCAUGGUGAACCUCACCAUCGCGGACCUGCUCUUUUUGAUCACCCUCCCACUGUGGAUUGUCUACUAUUACAAUGAGGGCAACUGGAUUCUACCCAAAUUCCUGUGCAACCUGGCUGGCUGCCUCUUCUUCAUCAAUACCUAUUGUAGUGUGGCCUUCCUGGGUGUCAUCACUUAUAACCGCUACCAGGCAGUGGCCUAUCCCAUCAAGACUGCUCAGGCCACCACCCGCAAGCGUGGCAUCUCUUUGUCCCUGGUCAUCUGGAUAUCCAUCGUGGCUACCGCGUCCUACUUCCUGGCCUCAGACUCCACCAACAUAGUACGCAAAAAGGAUGGCUCAGGCAAUGUCACUCGCUGCUUUGAGCAUUAUGAGCCACACAGUGUGCCGAUCCUUGUUGUUCACGUCUUCAUCGCGUUCUGUUUCUUUCUCGUCUUCCUUCUUAUCUUGUACUGCAAUCUGGUCAUUAUCCACACGCUGCUCACGCAGCCAGUGCGGCAACAGCGUAAAGCCGAAGUGAAGCGCCGGGCGCUGUGGAUGGUCUGCACGGUCUUGGCGGUAUUUAUCAUCUGCUUUGUGCCCCAUCACAUGGUCCAACUGCCCUGGACCCUAGCAGAAUUGGGCUAUCAGACCAACUUCCACCAGGCUAUUAAUGAUGCCCAUCAGAUCACCCUCUGCCUCCUCAGCACCAACUGUGUCUUAGACCCUGUCAUCUAUUGCUUUCUUACCAAGAAGUUCCGGAAGCACCUCAGCGAAAAGUUUUACAGCAUGCGCAGUAGCCGGAAGUGCUCCAGGGCCACUACUGACACCGGCACUGAGGUGAUGGUGCCAGCCAAUCAGACUCCUAUCACGUUACUGAAAAAGUAAUCUCUGUCUUGUUAAAGUCAGACCCAGAGUCUCCUCUUCUGUGGACCUCGCAGACUGAGCUGGGAGAGAUUUGUGUUUGUGGCCAACCCUUCCUGGGACGCUGGUGGACUGUAAAGUGUAGGAGUUACUCUCUCACUGAGACAGGGGUGGCGGCACUGGCAGCUUGUUGGAAAACACCGACCUUGAAUGUUUCUUUUCACCCUUCUCUGGGUUAAUACUACCAACUGUGGCUGAUGGCCACACCCCAGCUAGGGCCAAACCUUGAGGGUAGACUCUGAGCCACCUAGUUCAUCCAACUGGGGCCAUGCCUUAAGAUUUGGGUUGUGACUCCUGGGGGCUUUACCAGUCCUAUGGGAGGUCUUUGCGGGGAACCGUUGGGUUUGGGAUGGUACCCUCCCUUCUCCACCCACAGAUACAAGGUAUUUGUGACAGUUCUUAGAGGAAGUGGUUUGGUGGAAGCCUCUGACUGACCCAUUAACUUGUCUUAAAUGUAACCAGAGGAGAUAAUACAAAAGCUGACUGGAAGCUAGGAUGGGAGCGUUAUUUCCUGAGGCAGCUAAGAUUCUGCCCAGACCUGAGAGACUGGAAGAGAUGGUUCUCUCAGGACACCAAAGUUUCACCCUCCUGUAGGCAGCAACUUCUUUUGGUGACCUCUGGACACCUGCUGGUGAUUUUUUGACCAGUGUGUUAGUCACAUUUCACUCACUGUGCCCAGCCUCCCAGUCAGAAACAAUUCAAAGAAGGAGAGAUUUAUUUGGCUCUCAGUUUCCAAAGACUUCUGUCCAUCUCGGUAAUGAAGGUAUGGUGGGUCAGCUCAGACUAUGGUGGCAGGAACAGGAGGAGGCAUAGGUUGUUCCUGGGGCAGUGAGCCCAGAAACAAGACUGCACUUUAAACUGGGGAUGGACUACAACCUUCAGAAGCUAGCCCCCAGCCACCUACUUCUAUAGCCAGGUCCUACCUCCUAAAGGUUCCACAGUCUCCCAAAGCAACACUGUUAGGCACUGUAACGGCACUUGCUGCUAACACGGAUGAUCAGAGUUCAAUCCCAGAACCCACGUGGUGGAAAGAGAACAGACCUCUG